CGUGCGGCGGUUGCAGGCAGGAAAGCCGAGGGGAAGGAAAAGGCACCCGGGGGGAGCGCCCCGAGGCCGGGGACCCCCGGCCCCCUCGCAACGGCCUCGGCGCGGGGCGCCCGGCGCAGGAAGGAGCCGUGUCGCAACGGCGCCCGGCUCGGAGCCGCGCGGAGGCCGGCCGGGGAGGAGAGAGCGGCUCGGCGGCGAGGAACCUCAUCAGCGUUUCCUGUCUCGCGACGGCGAAAUCGCGUGCGGCGAAAGGCUCUAAAAAUAGGAUCAACAAACUUUUAACCGCGCUCGCAGAUGUGAAAGAUAACAAGCCCGCGCCAUGCAGUCCUUUCGAGAAAGGUGUGGUUUCCAUGGCAACCAGCAGAGCUACCAGCCGACUUCACAAGAUACAUCACGCCUGGAGAAUUACAGGCAUCAAAGUCAGGCAGGGCCGAACUGCGAGCGGCAGAGGCUGGUGGCGAAGGAGUACUACAGUCAGCAGCAACUGCCGUACGCGGGCUAUGAGAACAGCGCCGUGGAGAAAUACCACCGGGGAAAUAAGCAAUUAGCGGGCCAGCAGCUGCCAGGCAGGCCGGCCUUUUCCAAUUACGGCGUGCAGGAGAACAGCCCCUACCCUGCCCGCUACGCGGGGGACGAGAGCCUGCAGGCGUGGGGCGGCCAGCCGCAGGCCCUGCCCGGCGGCGUGGCCAAGUAUGAGGAGAGCCUGAUGAAGAAGACGGCGGCCGCGGCGGGCGGGCGGCCGUACCACGAGCCGGCGGCGGCCCCGCUGCCCUUCCGGACUCACUUCCAGCAGCAGCAGCAGCAGCAGCCGCCCGCUCUGCCCUACCCCAAGCUGCAGAGGCCGAAGCUCCCCAACGACGUCUCCUCGCCCAUGCCCUUCUCCCAGAGCCCCCACUUCAGCCAGCACUCGCAGUCCUUCCCCGCCUCCUCCACGUACUCGUCCGCGCCGGGCGCCGGCCAGCCGGCACACUCCUACAAGAGCUGCACGGCGCCCUCGGGGCCGCCGCAGCACGAGCGGCCGCUGGGCACCACCGCCGGCCUGGCCCCCGCGCAGCGGGUGCCCAACCUGCACGGCUACCAGGCCAACCGCCUCGGCUACGAGCAGCCGCCGCAGCCGCCGCCGCAGCCGCCGCCGCAGCAGCCGCCGCCGCAGCCGCCGCCGCCGCAGCCGCAGCCGCCGCCGCCGGCCUUGCAAGGGAGGCAUCACGCCCCGGAGGCCCUUCACUACCAGAACUUAGCCAAGUACCAACAUUACAACCAGCCGGGCCAGACCUACUGCCAGGGCGAGGCGCCGCCCGUGAGGACCCCGGAGCAAUACUACCAGACCUUCAGCCCCAGCGCCAGCCACUCGCCGGCCCGCUCCGUCGGCCGGUCCCCGUCCUACAGCUCCACUCCCUCCCCGCUGAUGCCCAACCUGGAGAACUUCCAGUACAGCCAGCAGUCCCUGAGCACGGGCGCCUUCCCGGCCGGCAUCGCCGACCACAGCCAUUUCAUGCCGUUGCUGAACCCGUCUCCGACCGACGGCACGAGUCCGGACGCUCAGUCCGGGAACUGCAAGAACUUGCAGAAGGAGAAAAUCCCCGAAAACCUCCUGUCGGAUCUCAGCUUGCAGAGCCUGACGGCGCUCACCUCCCAAGUCGAGAACAUUUCCAACACCGUGCAGCAGCUUCUGCUCUCCAAAUCGGCCGUGCCCCAGAAGAAGGGUAUCAAGAACCCAGCGAGGACCCCCGAGCAGCUCAAAGGGCAGCACUGCAGUCCCGAGAGCAGCACCUACUCUGCAGACCAGGUGGGCACCCCCCUGUCCGACCCGCUCAGCACCCCCCAGUCCGUCCACGCCGAGACGCAGGACGCCGAUUAUCUCAGCGGCUCGGAGGACCAGCUGGAAAGAAGUUUCCUGUAUUGCAACCAGAACCGCAGCCCUGCCCGCGUCAACAGCAACUCCAAGGCGAAGCCCGAGUCGGUGUCCACCUGCUCCGUGACCUCCCCGGACGACAUGUCCACCAAAUCGGACGACUCCUUCCAGAGCAUCCACGCCAGCCUGCCCCUGGAGUCCUUCACCAAGUACGUGACCAACGAACGGGACUGUCCCCGGCUGCUCCUCAGCGCCCUGUCCCAGGAGGAGCUGGCCUCCGAAAUCAUCGUCCUGCAGGACGCCAUCAACGAGAAGGCGGACAAAGCCUGGGCCAACUCCCCCAUGCUCAACAAGGAGGCCACGAAAUCCCCCUUCCACCUGGAGAACCACAGGCCGUGCCUGGACUCCAUGGUGAAGGGCGCCUGGCCCAGCCAGGGCGACUCCAGCACGCUCACCGAGCCCCUGAAGCUGGACAAGGCCUCGGGGGGCAGCGCGGGGAAGGACUUUGGCGAGGAGGUGUACGAGAGCCCGCAGGUGGAGUUUGCAGCCACCGAGACAAAGGAUGCGCUCAAAGACGCGACCUCGCUGGCGUUCAACUCCAAGCCCAGCAUCCCAGCUGCUACUUCGAGCUCCGGGGCUGCCAGCUACAGCUGCUAUUCGAACACCACUGCCAACUCGGUGGGGUCUGACAGCGCCAUGGAGCACUUCGAGUGGCCGGAGGAGAGCCUCGGCGAGUCGUGCCUGAGGUGGAAGGAGCUGGGGACGGGCCUGCAAGCCUCGGACCUUUCCAAGGGCUUGUUCCCGAGCAAAUUGGUGGGGUCCUGCAAGGAGAAAAAAAAUGCCUGCAGCUUGGAUCUGUGCGAUGGCGAGCAGCCAGCCAAGAGCGAGCAAGCCAGGGACUUCAGCCAGCAGGCGAUGGAGGAGGAAGAGGAAGAGACGCUGACAUACGACGAGGCCACGAAGGCGGACAGCGAGCGAUGGCUGCAGGACACGCGGCACUGCUGCUCGGGCGGGGACUUCAGCGAAAUCCCCAUGAUUUCAUCGCCAGAUCUGAAGGAGUCGGACCUGGAAGCGGAGGAGUACUCCUCGCUGUGCGAGCUGGCGAGCUCCGAGCCCAAGUCGGUGAUUUAUGAUGCCUCGCCGCCGAAGCCCCCGGAGAUGUCCGCCGUGCUGUCCUCCAGCGACGUGCCCGUGUCCGCCGAAGAGACCGUCACCACGGUGGAGAAGGAGGGCUCGGCCCCCUCGUCGCGGUUAUCCGGCCAGUCCGUGAUCCUCCUCGGCCCCGCCGUCGGCACCGAAACCAAGGUAAAGAGCUGGUUCAAAUCCUCCCUGCCCCACAUCAAGCCCGAGGAGGAGACCGGCGGAGGGGACAAAACCCAUGCGGAGACGACGGACUCCGAAUCGGCCUUGUCAGCCACGGUCAAGAAGCAGCUGCCGCCUGAAAACGCGCUGGGGAAGUCGGAGCCCAUCUCGAGGGGCAAGAGCCUCCGCAGCAAGAGAGUCCACUGCCGGCUGUCGGAGGGAGACGACUCCAGCAAAGCGGUGCCAAGCCCGUUUAAUGAUCUGCCGGCAGCUGGCGGCGUGGCCGGCACAUGUGUCGGGCCAGAUGGCCCCAUGGAAACCCCGAGCAGAAAUGCCCACAGCCAAACGCCGAGGUUUCCGGCGGAGGGGCUGCCGGCUCGCAUGUGCACCCGCUCCUUCACCGCCCUCAUCGAGCCCCGCACGCCGGCCCCGCUCGAGGGGCUCAAAGCCCCGGCGCACCAGGAGAAGCUGGGCAAGAAACCCGCCUGCGGCGUGAAGCAACGGGUGGCUUUCAAGGCCAGGAAGCGCAGCGGCAGGCCGGCCCCCAAGGUUGUCCCUGGCACCGGCGAUGCCGCUCUCCUGGUGCCCGGCUUGGUGCCCAACGAGGAGCCGGUGGGGCCGCAGGUGCCCGAGGGGGACGGCCCGGACGCCGAGGACAGGGACCAGCGAUCCAUGAUCCUGCGCUCCCGGACGAAGACGCAGGAGGUCUUCUACACCAAGAGGCGGAGGGGCAAGCGGGCGGCGGACGUCCGGCUCAAGAACUGCAAAACCCCCAAGAAACUCAUCUCCAACAACCACCUGCCGUCCGCCUUCAAGCUCACGCCGCAGGGCAGCCCCCACAAGGAAGGCAAGGUGGGCUCGCGCAUGAAGCUGCCCAAAGCGGGGCCGGGCAUGGGCAGCAAGAUGUCCGAGCGGCCUCUGCACUCCCUGAAGAGGAAGUCUACCUUCAUGUCCCCCAUCCCCGCCAAGAAGAGGAACCUGGUCCUGCGGAGCAACAGCGGCGGCGUGAAGGAGGAGAAGCCGGAGGCGCCCCCCAGCCUCUUCAAAAAGAUGCCCGUGGCCAAGAAGGUGAGGGCCAAGCUGCCCCCCAAGAGCUCCGGCGAGGCCGUCUUGAAGCCCCCUCCGGCGAAGGAGGCCCCCGACGUCUGCAUCAAGAUCACCUCGCGGGCGGCCUUCCAGGAGGCCACCAAGACCAAAGUCCUGCCUCCCCGCAAGGGCCGCGGCCUCAAGCUGGAGGCCAUCGUCCAGAAGAUCACCUCGCCCAACCUGAAGAAGUUCUCCUGCAAGCCGGCGGCCACCGCCGCCGCGGCCACGGCGGCCGCCUACGGCACCUCGCUGAGCCCCGCCGGAGCGGACCCGGAGCGGGCCGUGAAGCACGGCGGCGUGGCCCCGGCCGUGGGCGACGCGAGGCUGCCGAAACCCGCGGCGGCGCAGAAGGCGCCGGCGGCCCCGGCGGCCGAGCAGCUCUGCCGGAGCGCCGGCAGCCGGGCCUUGAAGGGCAAGCUGGUGAACGGCAAGAAGCUGCCCGCCGACUGCUUCCAGGGCGAGCCCCGCGCCCCGCCGCCGCCGCCCCCCGCCAAGGCCGUCGCCCUCCUGCCCAAGAAGAGGAACCGCAAGGGCAAAGCGGCGGCGCUCGGCGUGGCCAAAGCGCCCCUGGACAAGCGGGCGCCGCCGGGCCCCGCGCCGCCGGUGCCGCCCGGCCCGGGCAGCGUCGACGAGGCGCCGCGGGACGGCAAGAAACCAAAGAGCGAGGACAAGGAGGCGGCGGGCGGCGAGGGCCCCGAGGGGCGGCCAGGGCCGGGGCCGGGGCCGGGACCGGGGCCGGCGCGGGGGCCGAAGGCGCGCGCCAACCACGCCAACUACAACGGCUACUCCAAGCGGCAGCGGAAGCGGCUGGCGCACGGCAAGGCCAAGGCGGUGCCGGGGCGGUGCAAGAGCCGGGGCAAGCGGCGGCGGGCGGCUCAGCAAGCCCCGCUGCUGCACCCCGCCGAGCCCGAGAUCCGCCUCAAGUACAUCUCCUGCAAGCGGCUGCGGGCGGACAGCCGGGCGCCGCCCUUCGCGCCCUACGUGCGCGUGGAGAAGCGCGACGAGUUCACCACCGCCUGCACCGUGGUCAACUCGCCCGGCGAGGAGGCCAAGCUGCAGCGGGCCCCGCCGGCCCCGGGGGCCCCGCCGCGGCUCCGGGCGGCCCUGCCGGCCUCCUCCGCCAUGCACCUGGGGCCCGUGGUGGCCAAGGCGCUGAGCGCCGCCUGCCUCGUGUGCUGCCUCUGCCGCAGCCCCGCCAACUACAAGGACCUGGGGGACCUCUGCGGGCCCUACUACCCCGAGGACUGCCUGCCCAAGAAGAAGGCGCGGCCCAAGGACAAGGCGCCGCGGGCGGAGGGGCCCGGCGAGGAGGCUGCCCCGCCGCCGCCCCCGCCGCCGCCGCCGCCGCCCCCCGAGCGGGCGCCCCGAGCGGCGGACGGUGCCUGCGUGGCGGCGGCGGGCGGCAAGGCGCCGCGGCCCGAGGGCGCGGCCGAGGCGGCCAAGCAGAGCGCCCUGCGCUGCAGCCCGCGCGGCAUGUUCCGGCGGCUGCAGAGCUGCUACUGCUGUGACGAGAGGACAGAGGGAGAGGAGGCGGCCGAAAAGCCCCGGCGGCACGAAUGUAACAAGGCCGAGUCGCCGCCGCAGGAGCCGGCGGGCGACACGCAGGAGCACUGGCUGCACGAGGCCUGUGCCGUAUGGACGGCUGGGGUGUACCUGGUGGCGGGGAAGCUCUACGGGCUGCAGGAGGCCGUGACGGCGGCGGCCGACGGGAAGUGCUCGAGCUGCCAGCAAGCAGGGGCGACCGUGGGCUGCUGCCAGAAGGGGUGUCCCCACACCUACCACUACGCCUGCGCCGUCGACACAGGUUGCUUAUUAACCGAAGAGAGCUUCUCUCUGAAAUGUCCCAAACAUAAGAGGCAGCCGGUGUAGCGGCCCACCGGGCAGUGCCGGCGUCCCCGAGGAGCGGGGUGCCGGGGGUACGCGCCCCGCCACCACCGCCGAAGCCCGCAGCCGCGAGCGCCGCAGGGGGAGGCAGCCCACGUGGCCGGAGCUGCCAUCACCUGCCCCGGGCCACCCCGCCACCCCGGGCCAAGGGCGCCCGCCGAGCCCCCAGGCCGGUUCUGCCCCACCGUUGUGCCCUGGAGCCGCUCCAGGGGGCACGGGAGAUCCAGCUCCGGGCUUUCCAUCCACCUGCUUGGAGGAACUGUACCCAGAGCCGAUCCGGACAGGCACGGAAAUCCAACUCCGGGCUCUCCUUACCGCCGGGGAACAGUACCCAGAGCCGAUCCAGGUGGGCACAGAGCUCCAGUUCCGGGUUCUCCUCCCCUCCUCCCUCCCCAGAGCCGGUCCAGGCGGGCGCCAGAUCCACUUCCAGGUUUUCUCCUUCCCCCUCCUCUGGCCUCUCCCCAGAGCCAGUCCAGGUGGGCAGAGAAAUCCAGCUCCAGGUUUUCCCCCCUCUAGGCCCUGCUGGCAUCCUGCCCCGGGGCCAGGCCCUGGCAAAACCUGGCCUGGACUUGCCCCCGGGAUGCGGAGCCAGGGAGGGAGGCGAGGGCCGGGAGAAGGCAUGGCCAUGGGGCGAUGCCCGCAGGACCCGGGCUCCCUCCGGCCGGUGGGCGCGGAGCAGGCCGCGGCGGGAGGACGGCGUCGCGGAGCCACGGUCCCGGCUGGCGCUAAUAACACGUGCACGGCAAAACACAGAGACUCUGUUCCAGGACUACGUUAGCUGCACAGG